GGGGUGACGAGGGCCCGUCCAUUCCUAGGGUUUGCACAGCUUCCGGUCGGCGCGAGUGAGGAGACGCGGAAGGGCGAUGGGCGUGUUCACCUUCGUGUGCCGCAGCUCCGGCGGCGAGUGGAGCGCGAAGCAGCUCUCCGGCGACCUGGAGGCGUCGGCCGCUUCGACUUUCGACCUCCAGCGGCUGCUCGUCCAGGAGGCGCUCGCGGUUGACUCCACUGGCGGCGUCCAGUCUUCUUUCUCCAUGGUCUCCCCCUCUUCGGCCGUCUUCCAGAUAUCAGUUUGUGUAUCUCCCCUCAAGGUUAUUUUGCUUCUGGACGUACAGGUGAUAAUUGGGGGAGGUGGUGGUGGAGCAUUUAUCGGAGCUGGUGCUCCAGGUGGCGCAGCUGCAGGAUCUGGUGGCGGUUCUGCUGCUCCAGAUGCACCUCCCACUCCCGAGGAAAAGAAGGAAGAGAAAGAGGAGAGCGACGAUGAUAUGGGGUUCUCCCUCUUUGAUUAGUUUACCAGUUUGGAUGGUGUGCUAUUUUUGAUCUUUUGAAAAAUUCUUGAUUGCUACCUUAGAAAAUUAAUGAGUGAUGUUAUGCUUUGAUUUAUCAAUUUCAGUCAAUAAUAAUUUUUUGAA